AUGGCAUUGAAUGGAGACGCACCGCUAGAGUCAAUAGCAACUCCCAUUGUUUCGUCUCUCCAACUCUUUUCCCUUGCCAAUAAGAAUGUCUUCAUCACUGGCGGCUCGCGGGGAAUUGGUGCAGCUAUGGCCAUUGCGCUCGCACAGGCUGGUGCGUCCAUCUGCCUCGCCCAGUCCGACACGACAAAUACUGCGACAGCAGAUGCCGUGAGGAAAUUGGGUCGGAAGGCUACAAUCCUGAAAUGUAAUUUGAGGGAUAUGGAGCAAGUGAAGGCAAUAUUUCCACAGGCUCUUGAAGUCAUGGAUAAUCGCAUCGAUGUCGUGGUAAAUUGUGGCGGUUUACUGCAAAGGAAAGAUUCUGUGGACAUUACGGAAGAGGAUUGGGAUAACAUUCUCGACAUUAACUUGAAGGCUUUGUUCUUCAUUUGCCAAGCAGCUGGUCGCCACAUGAUUCCACGGAGACAAGGCAAGAUCUUGAACGUCGCGUCUCUGAACUCCUUCAUCGGUGGUGAUCGCGUCGCAUCCUACGCUGCCUCCAAAGGCGCCGUCUCGCAGGUCACAAAGGCAUUGAGCAACGAAUGGGCAAAGUACAAUAUCCAAGUGAAUGCCCUUGCACCGGGCUCAAUUGCGACAGACAUCAAUACGGAUCUGAGGUCAGAUCCUGUACAGUAUGCGGCGCGUGUUGCGCGUUGCCCUUCGAGGCGAUGGGGUGCACCAGCUGAUUUUGCGGGACCUGCUCUUUUCUUAUGUAGCGAUGCGAGUCAGUAUAUUACUGGAGAAAUCCUUGUUGUAGAUGGUGGGCAGAUGGCGAGCUAA